AUGUUUUGUGGUGCUGGGCCUCUGCAACGAGAGGUUAUAGUUGCCGCAUUGGAUGGGCAUGAUGUCUUCAUUCAAGCUGCCACUUCAUUUGGAAAAAGUUUAUGUUUCCAAUUGCCUGCAGUGAUCGAUCACGGAAUCACCAUUGUCAUUUCGCCGCUACUCUCAUUAAUGACCGAUCAAGUAAAUGCCUUGCAAUCUGCAGGAAUCGCAGCAGGUACCAUCAAUGGUAAUACAGCUUGGCCUGAACGACAACGUCUCCUUGCAGACCUUGAAUCUGGCCACCCACUCACAAGACUUCUAUAUGUGACUCCUGAACAAUGCUCUGCGGAGGGGUUCCGCAAACAUCUUCGAACUGUGCAUGAACAACGAGAGCUUGCUCGGAUUGCCGUUGAUGAAGCACACUGUAUCAGCGAAUGGGGCCAUGACUUUAGAAAAUCCUUUAAGAAUCUUUCCUGGUUUCGAGAAUCUUUUCCAGACGUUCCAAUCAUAUGUUUAACAGCAACAGCUACGGAUCAGGUGCGUCAAGAUGUUUUAAGCACCAUGGGUCUGUCGGAAUCAAAUCUGAAGGUAUUCAGAAUGACAACAAAUCGCGAGAACCUCCAUUAUGAAGUAAGAUUCAAGUCAGACGAAUUAGAUCAUUUCAAUGAUUUUCUACAUUGGCUCAAGGGAGUUCAUAGGAAUCGAAUGGAGAAUCCAGAACGUCGGGCCGAACUGGAACAAAAGCAUGAACGUCUGGAUAAUGUAUCAGGCAUUAUCUACACUCUUUUUAGGCAAGAUUGCGAGAGCCUUGCAUCUAGAUUGAGAAAUAGUGGAAUAGGGGCAAGAGCUUACCAUGCCGGACUUACUCACGAAGAAAAGACCGAAACUUUAAAUCGAUGGAUCAAUAAUGAUAAAGGCUAUGACGUGAUAGUUGCGACAACAGCCUUUGGCAUGGGAAUAGAUAAGGAAAAUGUACUUUGGGGAAAAUGUGGUGCCUGCCUGUGA